AUGCGAGUUCAGAUAUUCGCCGCCCUCGUUGCCCAGGCUGCGUUAUCGCCGUGCUUGGCUCUCAUAGCCCCAUCGAAGAGCGAGGUAUCAACACCGGCAGCGCUAUGUAACACCCCAAGUAACCGAGCAUGCUGGAUUUCCGGCUUCGACAUCAAUACCGACUGGGAAACCAGCGUGCCCAAUACGGGUGUCACGAGGACUUAUACCUUCACAUUAUCCGAGGUUGACAAGUACGUUGGGCCUGAUGGCCAGGUCAAAGAGAAGGCAAUGUUGAUAAAUAGUCAAACACAGGUCCUAACAGGCUGGAUUGUCUUAGACUGGGGUGAUCGGAUUAACAUCACCGUCGUCAACGACCUGCGAGCGAAUGGCACCUCCUUUCACUGGCACGGGAUUCGUCAACUGAACAAUAACAUCAACGACGGCGUCAACGGCGUGACUGAGUGUCCAAUCCCGCCCAACGGUGGCACCAAGAUUUACUCGUUUCUCGCUACCCAGUAUGGGUCGAGCUGGUACCAUUCCCACUAUGCGCUUCAGAUUGCCAACGGGCUUACGGGCUCGAUCCUGAUCAACGGGCCCGCGUCUCUGCCCUACGACAUUGAUCUCGGCGUUCUCCCAAUUUCGGAUUGGUACUACGGUUCAGCCGACAACAUAUUCGCCCGCGUGAACGACCCGGCAAAGCCCUUUAUCCCCGGCGUCCCCGGAUCUCCACCGCCGAGCGAUAACAUCCUAUUCAACGGAACAAACAUCAACCCAACCGGGCCCGGCGGGUCCUACGCCCGGAUACUUUUGACGCCUGGGAAGCGGCACCGCCUGCGUCUCAUUAACCCGAGUGUAGACAAUACCUUCACAGUGUCCAUAGUUGGACACUCCAUGACGGUCAUCGCGAAUGACUUUGUCCCGGUUGAUGCCUUCACCACAUCCCAUCUAUACUUGAGCGUCGGCCAGCGAUAUGACGUGACCAUCGAUGCCAGCCAACCGGUCGACAACUAUUGGAUCAACGUGACCUUCUCUGGGACCGGGGCGUGCGGGUCCUCUAAGAACCCGCACCCAGCAGCGAUUCUAUCAUAUGCUGGGGCUGGCAGCACCAAUCCCACAAACACGGGACGCCCCCCUCCCGAAUCACUAUGUGCUGAUCAGACCGACUUCGUGCCUAUCGUGACGCGGGCAGUACCAAAGGAGCUUUUCACGGCUGCCCCAUCAGAUUCCCUUGCCGUCACAUUGGACGUAGACUCGAAGAGUAGCAACGUGUUCUGGAAGGUCAACGGUAGUUCCAUGGAAGUCAUCUGGGAGAAACCUACGUUGGAGUUCAUAGCGCAGAACAACAAUUCCUACCCGGCGAACGAAAACACCAUAACCAUCCCUGACAACAGCAAUUAUAGUAUCUGGUUGGUCGAAAACGGGUCUCCUAUUCCACACCCUAUGCAUCUCCAUGGCCAUGACUUCAUGAUCCUAGGACGCUCGGUAGCGCCAACAAACCCCCUGUCCCCAUCGGCGACGCCUGUAGUAUUCGAAAUAGCAACAGACGCUAGUUCGCUGGAAUUCGACAACCCGCCGAGGCGUGACGCGACAGUAUUGCCCUCUUUCGGCUGGCUGGUAAUAGCAUUCCAGAACGACAACCCUGGAGCAUGGCUAUUUCAUUGUCAUAUCGCGUGGCACCUUAGCCAGGGCCUCAGUGUGCAAUUUCUUGAGCAAGUCAACAAGGUCCCACAAGUUAUGGACCUAAACGAAAUAGAGCCUAAUUGCGAUGCGUGGAGAUCGUACGCGCCGGCGAAUCCGUUUGGGGGCUUGGACUCCGGCCUGAGGAGGAUAUAG